GAGCAACAACAAACUUGGAGACAGCCGCACGGAAAAACGGCUGCUGGAAGCUCCGGCCAGUUGGACACCCGUAGUAGGUGGGUACGGACGUACGGGCCCACCUACGGACCCACCUGCCCACGCGGGCGCGUCUCAAUUACCUUAACCCUGGACCACUUACCUGAGCCUCCGAGCCGCAUCGCGAAUCUCAGCAUCUUCAAACCCGCAUCACCAAGACAUUACCAAAGACAAGAGUCGCCGAUUCCACAGCCAACACAUCCUGCACCACAGCAAAGAUGACUUCCACUAUUGGCAUCCCGAUCAAGCUCCUCAACGAGGCUCAGGGCCACAUCGUCACUCUCGAGAUCACGUCGGGCCAGACCUACCGCGGAAAGCUCAUUGAAGCUGAGGAUAACAUGAACGUCCAGCUCAAGGACAUCACGGUCACGGCCCGCGACGGACGCGUCAGCCAUCUGGAGCAGGUCUACAUCCGUGGCAGCCACGUGCGCUUCUUUAUUGUGCCUGACAUGCUGAGAAACGCGCCAAUGUUUAAGAGUCGCAAUGUGCGUGGCAGAGGUGUUGGGCUGGCCAGAGGCAGAGCAACCGUUAGCAGAGCCCGGGCUGGUGGACGGGGCGGUGGCCCGGCACGUUAAAUUGAAAAUCGAAAAGGAAAAACACUGGGGAACACUGGGCGGCGUUUGUCUAUUUGGUGAUCCCGGGAUGAAAAAAAAAGUAAAAAAAAAGUACGAAAACACGUUUGGCGUUUGGGGAAUGGGUACCAGAAAAGUCACCAUAUUUGACUUGCGUGGGAAAUCGGUUUUGAUUCUAUACCCAAAUACUAAAUACAAGCUGAUGCCUUGAGA